CGACAUCAACCCUCUCUGCCUCAAUCAUCACACAAAUCAGCCAAUAACUCCUCUCCAACCUACUUCACUAUGCCGCGCCAACAGACUGACCUUGUCUUCGGCUUCCUUGCCAACGAAGUGAAGCUCAUGGAACGAGCCAGAGCUCACGGCCUCGCCCCCGAUCUUUCACCCCACGUUAUUGAACAGUACAAAUCCCAGAAUUAUACUGAAGCAGAGCUCGUCCAAUGCCAGUGGUUCAAUCGAUCAGUGGCCAUGUACAGCUACGUCAAGCGAGAGAUCAUCCCAAGGGUCGCAAUUCCUGAUCUCGAGCUUCGGACAGUUUGGGUCGGGGAUGAUUUGUGCAUCAACUGUUUUUCGUUGCCGCUCAAGUACGCAACCAGGCGCUAUCGAACCCCGGAGAUCGCGGCGCAGAUGAGGGUACUCGCGAAGCUCAUCGAGAACGAGUUACCGCCAUCGUUAUUCUGUGCCGUCUCCGCCCCAGUCCCGCCUGAGUUGAAGGGUCAGAAGCUUCACCCAAGGCUGGCCAACUAUCGCAUCGAGGACUUACCGUUCUAGGUUCUUCUUCCUCGGACCUGUCUCGAACCCCGAACCAAACUUCCCUCACCUCCUUUGUGUUGUCGUGUUGUUGUCCGUGCGCUAUCACCGUUCGUCUGUACUCUAUAUACUCUCCAUCUGCUCGCCUGACUCGGAUGCCAUCACGUUGAACUCCUCACAUAUUGUCUUGCUUCUUCUCGACAUACUUUGCCUCCUUUGCACAUACAUAUUCUCUGUCCACCAUGGAACUCAUAUCUCACGCUUCUGCUGUUCACGUUUUCGACAGAUGAUCUUUACUUUCGCAUCUUCUUGAUUUUGCUAUCCUUCUUUGAGCGCAUAUGUAUCCCAGUCCUUGCCCUUGGCCUUCGUCCC